UUCUCCCUUUAAUCUUUCAUUUUCAUCAUUUUUUUUUUUGAGUAAAUUUUACAUCCCUACGUAUUCAAUCAUGGAGAAUUUUAUCAAACAAAUCAGCAUGAGAAUUUUUCAAGUCGAGGAGGAAAACAAACCACAAACCUCGCGUGUAAUUAGAGACCGUAAGGUUUCAUCUCGAAGAACACGAUCUCUCAAAAGAGAUAGUCGGAAAGGCCAGACUUGGGGCCGAAGACAACUUUCUCCUGAAACAAGUCGUGCUGAUAAGAAAAUGGAAGGCGAGGACUUUCGAACCGCGGUUGCAGCCGCUGCAUUCGCUAUAACUUCUAUUGAAAAUAAAGAACAAGAAAUAAAACAGGAUCCUAACUCAAACUCAAAGUCCAGAAAAUCUUUUUCAGAAAUUAUUGAGGAGUCACCAAGACCAAAAACUAAUGAGGAUCUCCCUGGCGAAGCUAAUCAACUAAAGCCAACUGUCGUUAAUUCGAAAACUGAAGAGAAAGUGUCAGAAAAACCUAUCGGCUCAACAUCAUCCAUCGAGAAAACUCCUAGUUUUAAUGCAAACAACCAAUCAAAUGAGAUAACUUGCCAAAAGGGACCCGAAUUAAGACUCAGAGAAUCAGACAUUUGGGAGAAAACCCAGUUGGACAAAACCAAAGAACGGUUUAUGAAAGUGAAAGCGAGAAUAUUCGAGUGGGAGAGCAAAAAGAAGUCGAAAGCGAAGAACAAGUUGAUAAGAAAAGAGGGUAAAAUAGAGGGGAAACGAGCUCGAGCAUUGCAAGAUUUCACGAGAAAGAUGGAGACGAUCGAAAAGAUCUCCAAGGGAGCAAGAUCAGAAAAUGAGAAAAAACGGGAGCGUGAAGAAAUUAGGGUUAAAGAGAAGGCGAAUAUAAUCAGAUCAACUGGAAAAAUCCAUAAACCAAUGUUUUUAUGUUGUUAACGUCACAGCGACGCUUACGCGUUACUAAUAUUAAUUGUCAUGUAAAAUCUCAACAUUGAUGGAUGGCAUAAGUUUUAAAAGAUUGAUGUAUACUUUUGGCCUUUUGGGUGUAAGUGAAUUGCUUACAAAUUUGUAUUUAUUGUGAA